UCACUUAAAAGAGCCGGCUCUUAUCGUUCACUUAAAAGAGCCGGCUCAAUGAACCGACUCGUUCGCGACCAACACAUCACUACACGUGACGUCACCAGCGAACCCGGACAAAGCGGGGGACGAACCCGGUGAGAAGAAGAAGAUCCCCUGCUACCAAACCCCGGACACUUGAACCCAGACUGGUUUAUCACCAGUUGGGGGAAACAACCGUUUCAGUCGAUCCUCAGCUACUCGGAAGCAUCGGCAUGUAGCAGCUCAGUGUUCAGGCUGUAAGGCUGUCCAUCAUGAAGAAGCGAGCCAACAAAGUGCCGGAGGAGGAGGGGACCUUGUGCUGCUGCGAGUAUGUGAACAGCCUCGGAGAGCGCAGCCAUGUGGGAGCCUGCUGCUGCGACUGUGAGGACCUGGAUGACGCCUGUGACAGAUUUCUGAAGAGGGAGCCUCAGAAACCUGAGUCCCUGUCUCGUGUGGCUGCAGUCUUCACAGACCGGGUUCGUGUGCCCUGGCUGUGGGGCGGAGCCCGUAAAGUGGAACUGUCCAUCAUCCCUCCUCUUAUUCUCCUCCCGGUCCUGCUGCACCUCGCUGCUCUCCACUUCCUACUCGGCUUGGUGUCUCUGAUAGCUCUGCCCGGCCUGGUGCUGUGGUACUACUAUUUCACCCACCGCAAGAAGGGGCGAACGCUCUUCUUCCUCAGCCUGGCCCUCUUCUCCCUGGGGUACAUGUACUUUUUAUUCAUCACUGAGGUGCUUCCCCGCGGGGAUGUUGCCCUGAUCCAGCUUGCGGUGAUCACUGUAGGGGUCAUACUCACCUUAGUAGCCCUUGUCCACACCAAGAGAGAGCCUGGCAUUGUGCGGCCAAACCAAGAGGCCGUCCACAGCACGGUGACGUAUCACGGCCCUCUGGCAGACAGAGACCCUGCCGUCAACGGGGGGAGGCAGGAGGUGACGAUGACGGCAGCCAGCCGGGCGGGAUCGUCGGAGCAUGUGGGGGUGGAGCUGAAGGAAAGCGGCCGAAGGAACUGGUGUCCGGUGUGCAGGGUGGUGCGGCCCCCGAGGGCGGGACAUUGUCGGAUCUGUGGUGUCUGCGUGCUGCGACUCGACCACCACUGUGUCUGGAUAAACAGCUGUGUCGGGCAGGCCAAUCACCGCAGCUUCCUGCUCACGCUCGUCCUCUUCCUGUCGACGUCCCUGUACGGGAUCAGCCUGGUGCUGCAGAGUGUUUGCCCGAAUCAACACCUCUUCAUCGCUCUCCUCUACUGCCCAGGGGUCUACAACCAGUACAGCGCUGCCCUUUGCUUCACCUGUGCGUGGUACAGCAGCAUCGUGACCUGCGGGCUGGUCCACCUGCUGGCGGUGCAGCUCAUCAACGUCAGCUACAACGUGACCGAGCGCGAGGCACGCACUGCCCUGCGGGACAAAACUGCUCGGAGCGCCUACUGGGGACUCGUCGUGGACACCGGCGUCUACUCUCGAGGUUUCCGUGGAAACUGGGCCGAGUUCAUGACCAUGGGGGAAAAGCUGAAUUCACCCUCUCCCGUCCCAACAGACCUGGUUGCCUUGCUGGGAGUCGGAAUAGAAGAAAAAUGUGAGCAUGAGUAAUCAGUUCUGGUCCUCGUAGGGACAGUCCUGCACAAAACACGGGCUGAACAUCUUUUCAAGGAUGCACACGUUGUCCUCCACAAACACAAAGGAGGGGACAUCACUUGGACUUCUGAAAUGCGUCACGGAUAUUUAUCACUGAUGAAUGAAACAUCUCGGCACAAGCCACAUAUUCAGGCAAUUCAAGUUCUGUCUUGUCAUUGUAUUAAGCAUUGUAUUAAACGAAUGAUUAGAUUGCUUUUAUUCUCUUUAAGCUGGCUGAAACUGAGUCCUGAAUGAAUUCAAAGCAAAUAAAUCAAUGCACAUUAAUGUCA